AUGCCCCCGGAUUUGACGCACCAUCAAAGGAAGAAGUUUCUUUCCGAUGUUAAGAGGUUUCUUUGGAAUGAGCCGUACUUGUUUAAGGAAUGUGGAGACAUGAUAUUGAGACGAUGUGUUGCUUUGAAAGAGAUGAUGCCCAUCUUGAGUGCUUGUCAUAUAUCCGACUAUGCCGGCCAUUAUGGAAUGGCAAGAACCGCUGCUAAGGGUGAGAUGCCUUUGACUUUCGUGCAAGAGGAAGCGGAAGCUCUACCUACUAAUGACGCCAAAGUGGUUUUGAAGUUCCUUAAGAGGUUGAUUAAUAGGUUCGGUACCACGCGGGUUAUUAUUAGUCAUGGUGGUUCACAUUUUUGCAACUGGCGAUUCGAUGCCUUGAUGAAAAAGUAUAAUGUGUAUCACUGGGUCGCUACCCCCUACCAUCGGAAAACAAGUGGGAAUGUUGAGGUCUCAAAUUGGGAGUUGAAGCGGAUAAUAGAGAAGACGGUGAAUAGCACUCGCAAUGAUUGGAGUUUGAAGCUUGAUGAUGCGUUGUUGGCCUAUCGCAUGGCAUUCAAAACGCCAUUAGGUAUGACCCCUUAUUGCAUUGUGUAUGGGAAGGCGUGCCAUAUAACCUUAGAGCUAGAACACCAGGCUUAUUGGGCGAUUAAAAAAUUGAACUUUGAUCUUAAAACGGCGGGGGAAAACGCUUGUUACAAUUGA